GUCGAUUCCCUCUCGGCGGAGUUGACAGUCGCCUUCAGCGCCUUCGAGAACUUCGUGCCUGGCGGCCCGCCUCCUGAGAGCUCGUUCGACCUCGACUCGUUCAUCGAGAACACGCUCAACCCGCUGUGCGCUCGCUUCCACGAGGUGAAGCAGGUCGUCGACAACUUGAUGAUGCCUCCUGGCCAGAAGAAGUUGCGCCGCUCGGCGUCGGAUCCCAUCGAGACGAAGCAUGCAGGUGAGGUCAAGGACACCCUGGGGCAGGCCGAGGAGGUCACCGACACCCAGGGGCAGGCCGAGGAGGUCAACGACACCCAGGGGCAGGCCGAGGUCAACGACACCCAGGAGGCCUACGAGGUCAACGACUCCCAGGGGCUGGCCGAGGUCAACGACACCCAGGAGAAGGCCUACGAGGUCAACGACUCCCAGGGGCUGGCCGAGGAGGACACCCAGAGGCUCUAGGCACGCCGCGGUCACAGGGCGCGAAUGCGCCCUUCUUCCUGUUGCCACAGGGAACUUCGCUCGGCCACGCUCGCGGCGAGCUGUUCGCGCAUCUGGGA